UUGGUUAAAGAAAAGAGUGACAACUGCGGCACGCGAGGAGCGACCUUCGAGUUCUAUUUUAACUUUUUGUUCAUUUUAAACGACAAGGAUUUCGAAAACAUGGGCGGUAAUGCGGAGAAAAUGUAUGGAUUUCAGUCGUACAGCUAGCGAUUGGUUGAGGUAUUUAGAGGAAUAACUUUAUCGAUGUGGUGAAAUCAUUAUCAUGUAUUGUCAGAAGCAAGCCGCACGUUCGCACUCGAAUGAUAGCCAAAGUCAAAGCCAAAGUCCAGGGCCGCGUUCUCCACGUUCACCCAUGUCCUCCUCGCCUGUGAGGACCAACCCGCAUAUGAUGCUCUCCCCCAGAGGGAACCGGAGAGACGGGGGACUGCAACCCAACUCCAGACAGGGAAGCAGAUCUGGAAGCCCCCUGAACUUGCCCAUGGAGAAUGUACAGUCCAUGAAUGCAGCCUACAGCGCUGGCAGCCAAACUUACGCCGGUGGGGACGUCGUGGGGGGUCCUGGAUUAUCUCCAGGGUUGUCACCCUCAGCUCGCAGCCAGUCCUAUGGUGAGGGGAUAGGAAGUUCUGGGGGAUUAUCCUCUCCGGGGAGAAAUCAGGGGGGAUUAUCCCCGUCAAAUAGAAGUCCUUACCAGAGUCCAGCCCACACUGCUCACUCUCCCAGCAGAUCAGGCAGCAGUGGAGGGAGCUUGCCCAGAGGGGGUGGGUUACGUGAUCGGUCAAUUGACCGCCUGGACAGAGAGCGAGUCCGUGAGAAGGGAGGUUCCAUGGUCAGAGACAGAUCACUUGACCGCCAGCUUGACCGACACUAUGAGAUGGAGAUGAUAAUGCAGAGGGGCAAUGAACGCUACAGCAAUGCAGCUAGGGAGCAGAAUGGUGGACGAGGACAUAAUGCAAAUGGAGUGGGUACAGGGGAUUAUUUACGAGGGGGCUCUAGGUCCCUGGAUCGUGAUGGGGCAUACACAAGCACUCAUCUAGGAAGACAUACAGAAGAAAAUCACCAGCCGUCAAAACCGCAUGAAACUAGGCAUCUACGAGACACUCUUCUGUUGGAUUUACAAUCACAGUUGAAUGAUGCCAACCGCGAGUGUGCAAUGAUGCAGAAAGAGUUGGAAAUAACAAAAGAGAAACUUACGUCAAGUAUGAACAGUAUCAAGACUUUUUGGAGUCCUGAGUUGAAAAAAGAACGAGCUAUCAGAAAGGAGGAGGCUGCUAAAUACUCCCAUCUCAACGAUCAGAUACGAUGUCUGCAAGAUGACAAAGAGAACCAAGCCACACUAGUCAAAGACUUGGAAGAGCAGCUCCAUUCUCUACAAGGAGGCCAGCCAACGGAUAUGAACACACUGAAAAGAGAACGCGACCGGCAAGCCAAAGAAAUCAAAAUUUUACGCAAAACAGUCCAGGAGAUGGAACUGCGCAUCGAUACCCAGAAACACACUCUGGGAGCUCGUGACGAGAGCAUAAAAAAACUCCUAGAAAUGUUACAAAGUAAAGGGUUGGCGGUGAAACACUUGGAGGAAGAUCGCUUGGAAAUGGAGAGGAUUCGUGCAAAGUUGAUGGAGGAUGAGAGAACGGUGAAGCAGUUGGAGGGUUUACUAGAGCAGCGUGAUAAGGAAAUAGUUCAAUUAAAAGGGAGCCUUAAAUCUAGUCCCAAUAAACCUCAGGGAGAAAACAAUAGACUAUCACAAGAUUCUGUGGAAAUUCAUUCCUUAAGGGGAAUGUUACAUACUAAGGAAACAAAAAUAUCAGCCCUUGAGAAAGAGCUUCGGUUGAAAGAAGAUGAACUGGCAAGAUUGCGUGACGACCGAGGAAGUAGUGGAAGCGAGGCCUCAUUUGGAACUGACAGUUUACGGCGGAGAGAGAAAAAGCUUCGUCAGCAGGUUGAAGACAUGCAGACGGAGCUGACCCUAAAGGAGGCUGAGUUACAGUCUAUAAAGACCAAGAUGGUUACCUCGGAGCGCCAGCAAUCUGACCAUCUGCACCACAUCUCCGUGUUGAAGGAACAAACUAGUGCCAAAGAACAGCAAGUCAAUCUAUUACAAUCAGAUAUUGAAGAACUCAGGGGCCGUCUAAAAGAGAAAGAGAAGACGAUAGAUGAUCGUGCCAAGCAGAUGCAGACGGUACAGCAGGAACACAGGAAGAUGGAGGCUGAAGUAAUGGAACUGAGGGAUCACAUCGAUAUCAAGGAUAGGAAAAUUAAUGUCUUACAAAGAAAGAUUGAAAACUUAGAAGAGACCCUUACUGACAAGGACAAUCAACUGACCAGUCUCAAGUCCAAAGUGACCAGUCUUCAGGCUGACCACAGUGCCUCAGACAGCACAGUGACCACUCUGGAGGAGACAGUGAUGGAGAGAGACAGGCAGAUAGAGAGGUUAAAGGAGCAACGAGAGCGUGAUCACAAAGAACAUCAGGAGGAGUUGGAGCUUUUACAAUCCAGCAGUAAAGAUCUCAAGUCCAAACAUGACAGUUUGCAGAAACAGCUGGCAGAUAAUCAGACUGAGUUGCUUGAGAUACGAGAGGAAGUCUCGGUGCUGAAAUCAGAGAAAUUCCAGAGAGAGUCCAAGAUCAAGCAACAGGAGGAGGAGCUCUCACAAGCCACAGCACAACUUGCUGAGCUCAGAGAGAAACUAGAGGAGAUGAAGAAUUUACAGAGUGCAGACAGCAAGAAGAUGUCAGAGGAGUCGGAGCAGAAGAUAGCAGAUUUGGAGAAGAAAGUGGCCGAGUACAAGCAGCAGGCUGAGCAGUUACAGAAAGAAUUGGACCGUUUGCUAGAUAUCAUGCAAGCCACAGAGCAUGAAAAACACGACAAGGACUCCUCCAUUAAAGUCAUGCAAGAUCAAAUCAAAGACUACAAACAGAAGAUGGGGUCACUAAAACGCAGUAAGGAGUUGGAAAAAAAGAAGCAGGCACAUCUUUUGGAGGAGGCUCGUAAACGUGAGGAAGGUGUCUCAACUGAUGCCUCACAGCUAAAGAGCACUAUCAAACAAAAAGAAGAGCGUAUUGAGGAACUGGAAGAAGCUCUACGAGAGAGUGUUAAGAUUACUGCCGAAAGAGAAAUGGUUCUGGCCCAACAGCAAGCCAACCUGGAGGAUGCCGAUAGACAGAUCUCUGAACUGACCACAGAAAUAAAUGAACUCCAAGAGAAGACAGAGCAGCAGAACAGUGAAAUGGCCAUGCAGGCCAAGAUGGCCGAAAAACGCGAGGAGAUGUUGAAGGAGUUACAGGAAGAGCGAAAGAAGCACAUGGAGGAAGUUCUAGAAAUGAAGCAGGAGGCCAUAGUAGCAGCCAUUAGUGAGAAGGACUCUCAUAUUGCCCUACUGGAGAUGUCCGGGGGUGGGAAGAAGGGGGGCAGGGACCAGGUGGACAUACUGACCAAAGAGAAGGCCAAACUGCAGCACAAGCUCAAAGAUUUGACUCAGAGUCGCAUGAAACUACAAGAUGACCACAACGGCGGUGGGGUGACCGCAGCAUCAGAGAUGAUCUCCUCGGCUCACAUGGGGAUAAAACCCUCCCCACUGUCCACCACUCCAGACCAGGAUGAAGAUGAUGGCAUAUGGGCAUAGCAUGCAUGGCCCACACAGCUGUCCAUUCUCCCUGUGUUACUGCAUGGGCUGGCCUAAGAAGUAAACCAAGCAGUCUCAUGCCCUUGACCUGCAGUGACCUUGUAAGCAGUGACCUUGACAUACAGUGGCCUUGACAUCCAGCAGCAGUGGAAGCUGCCUUUGCAGUAUGUUUUACUGAUUGAACAGCGCCAACUAUUUCACAAUUUCCUGAAUUUGACAAUUUCAGGAAAUAUAAAAGAACUUCCAUCACUUAUAAAGUAGGUUCUUUCAAAGCCAGUGUUUGCAUUAUGUUGCCCAAAGGAAUGGCAAAGGGCAGAGCAUCUUCUUUCCGAGGGAAAAAGAUGACUGCAGCCAAAAAUUGUUACUUCAUAUCUAGUAAAAGAAAAUCACUAAGCUUAAACAAAUGGUCAUCAGGGACAGUCACUUCGAAAGUUCAAAUUUAUAUGGCAGGUAAGGGAGAGAAUUGAUUCACAGGGGACCCAAAUGAAAAUGCCAUAUGAACAGAAUAGCUAGCUUUGCAUUGACACCUAAAAAGGGACUUGAGGCGACUUUUGGUGGGUUUCUUAUAGUGAAAAAGUGAUGUUCCAGAGACGAAACAUGCCCUCACGUAUGGUACUGUGAUACUAUUUCACCUUUGCCGAUGUAGAUUUCUGUUUGCUAGUGCUCUAGAUAAAACAUGUUUGUUCUUUCAUGAUAGAUAUAAUUCUUAAUAAAAACAGGUUGCUUUUGAUGCACAAUUUGCCUCAGAUGUUUGAAAUUCAAAAUAUGCAGCAUUUUGUAAAGUGCUUCAGUUGUUGUCUUCAUGGUUUGAUUUCUUGCCUUAAGCAGUAGAGUAUGAAAGAUGAUAUGAUGGGGUCCAAAUAACAUUGACAUUUGUCUUCUCGGCCUAAAAUUUUGUUUCUUUUUAACUUUUGACAAUUUUUCUUGCCUCCUUACAAGGAAAUGCUUGUAUGUCAAAAUAUCCAAGUGAAUAUAGUAUUGCCGCCAUACUGGUAUGUUUACACAUCUAUUUGGUAUUUAAGUGGUGCCUUUUCACCAGUUAUUUGAAAAUCAUUAUUAUUAUUAUUAUUAUUAUUAUUAUUAUUAUUAUUAUUAUUAUUUGGUUUAGAUACAUGUCACGUUUUAGAAUUUAUUUGAAGUCAACAUUAUUAAUGAAAAUCGGGUUUAACCAUGACAUGCAAAAUUACAUUUUAGGGGUGUAACUGGUUUUACUCUUCUUACCUGGGGAAGUGCAACAAUAUUUUACCAAUUAUUAAAUAGAAAAAUUUUUUAAGUGAAAUGUUAAAUAUCAAUAGGUGCACAUCAUCAUUUUUAGAAGUCCUAUACACAUUUAUUAAGAAAGUUCAGAGGUAGUCAAGUAUAUUAUUAUAAACAGUGGAUUUUAGUAAGAUAUUUACAGCAGUAGAUUGGUGAAAAUGUAAAACACAUUUGUUGUCCUUAAUAUUUAUGCCAUUUAUUUUUUGGAAUUGGCAUGUGACUGCCCAGAAUGAAUUAAUCCCUUAUACUUUUAACUACAUGUACUGCUUGUCACUUGAGGAACAGUGCUUGCAAUUAAUAUAAUUUUAAUGCCAUUCAAUGAUCUGCAUUGCCAAAACCUAAACAGAGUUAUUGUCUUUCCAAAGAAUCGACUCCCCCGUGCUACAGUGCUGUGUAACGGUAUGCUUACUGUGUUGGUUAGUGUUGGUUAUAACAACCCAGAUUACCCACCGA